UUGCGGAGAUCCGUGCCAAACUUGCUCCUGCUCUUUCAAAGCGCCUCGUCUGCCUUUUUCUUUUUUCCGACCCACGGUUUGUCCUCGGGGUUUAUUUCACGCAGCGCUCGUGGGAGCCGCUUUCUGGACAUUUGAGAGUCGGCAGAAAACUUUGGGUGGGGAGUUAAAAGAGAGAAAAAAAGGGGGGAGAAAGAAAACUACCACCCGGCAGAGAGAUACCAACGGCAGCGCGGCUCUACUUCCACCAGCGACAGCUAGAAGAGGAGUGGGAGGAGCCAACAGAGUGUAGGAGUUGCUAUCAUUCAAAGGGACGUUUCUUUGGCAAAAGACGAGGAGACUGGCGUUUUUGGGGGAGAAGCUUUGAAAGCGCAGAGGAGAGGAAAUGUUUCGUGGCAUCAUGUGAUCUGCGCAUUCCCCUGGCGAGCUUCUGAAGUGGAAGAGGGAAUCUGCACACUUGUGAAAAGCAUCCCAGCCACUAGCAGGCCCUUAUCGCCGCGAUCACUAGUCCCGUUUGCUGCCAUCAAAGCCUCGUCUGCGUGACUCGACUUGCCUCUUUCUCGACCUUCGUCUUAAAGAUAAAGAAUAGCCAUGCUACUUCCCCGGCCCUCCAACGCCUCCUGCAAACACGGCCUUUGAGCUUGCUGAACAAUACGUGAGAAAGGAGGCAUAAAAGACCUUUUUAUAUUCCUGCUGUGUGUCUUUUUUCAUGUUUUUGUCCACAGUAAGUCAUCCCUGAAGACAAACACACACAUUCUGCCUGAACAAACAGGAUUUUUGUUCUGGUGACUUCUACAUCAGGUUUUCUUUUUCUGAACUUUUUUAACCUGAGGAGGAUUAAUUUAUAAAUGUUCUUUCUGACCGUCUUUGGGAAUACCUGCUGACUGAGCUUCUCUAUGGGGGAUUAAAUCAUCCCAGGAACUGUACUGACUCCUCUGCUCAGUCACAUCCUGUUGACUUCAUCACUGAGCUGUUUGUGAGCGAGCCAUCAUGGCCGGGAAGGGCAACCCGGUGCCAGGCGGACACCUAAACGGCUUCCCCAUGCCCGCCUACUCCUACUUCUUCCCCCACAUGUUGGGGAGCAUGUCGCCUCCAGCGCUUUCAGGACUCCCCAUCAGUGGAUACAGCACCCCCUCUCCAGCCACGAUAGAGACCCAGAGCACCAGUUCAGAGGAGAUAGUGCCAAGCCCGCCCUCGCCUCCCCCUCCGCCCCGCGUCUACAAGCCCUGCUUUGUGUGCCAGGACAAGUCCUCAGGGUACCACUAUGGUGUCAGCGCCUGUGAAGGCUGCAAGGGAUUCUUUAGGCGAAGCAUCCAGAAGAACAUGGUGUACACUUGUCACCGGGAGAAGAACUGCAUCAUCAACAAAGUCACCCGGAAUCGCUGCCAGUAUUGUCGGUUACAGAAGUGCCUGGAAGUUGGGAUGUCUAAAGAGUCUGUGAGGAACGACCGGAACAAGAAGAAGAAGGAUGAGAAGAAGCAGGAGUGCACAGAGAGCUACGUGCUGAGUCCAGACACGGAGCAGAUGAUCGACAGGGUUCGCAAGGCGCAUCAGGACACUUUCCCCUCUCUCUGCCAGCUGGGCAAAUACACUACGACUAACAGCUCGGAAAGGCGCGUCUCCUUGGACAUCGACCUGUGGGACAAGUUCAGCGAACUGUCCACCAAGUGCAUCAUAAAGACGGUGGAGUUUGCCAAGCAGCUGCCGGGUUUCACCACGCUCACCAUCGCGGACCAGAUCACCCUGCUCAAAGCUGCCUGUCUGGAUAUUCUGAUACUGCGGAUCUGUACUCGUUACACGCCGGAGCAAGAUACCAUGACCUUCUCAGAUGGACUCACGCUAAACCGAACCCAGAUGCAUAACGCCGGCUUUGGUCCCCUCACAGACCUGGUUUUUGCCUUCGCCAACCAGCUCCUGCCUCUGGAGAUGGAUGAUGCAGAAACGGGGCUUCUUAGCGCCAUCUGCUUGCUGUGUGGAGAUCGGCAAGAUUUAGAAGAAGCUGACAAAGUGGACAUCCUGCAGGAGCCCCUUCUGGAGGCCCUGAAGAUUUAUGUACGGAAACGGAGGCCCCACAAACCUCACAUGUUCCCCAAGAUGCUGAUGAAGAUUACUGACCUGAGAAGCAUCAGCGCUAAAGGGGCCGAGCGCGUCAUCACACUGAAGAUGGAGAUCCCUGGAUCCAUGCCGCCUCUCAUCCAGGAGAUGCUGGAGAACUCGGAGGGACUGGAGAGCGGAGCUGCAGGCAGCAGGCCCAGCGGAGCCCCCCCAGGCAGCUGCAGUCCCAGUUUGUCCCCCAGCUCGGCCCAAAGCAGUCCCGCCACCCAGUCGCCGUAGUAACCGCUCUCUCCUUUUUUAAGUGUUUUUUUCCCUCGUCAUAUGGUCUCCUCCCACGUGGUUCUGAACAGAAUGUGGGGGCGAAGGAGGCGGGCUUUGAUCCUAACUGAUGAUCACAGGAGACUGGCAGAGCCGCCUCCUUUACUCCGAAGGCCUCCGUCACUAAGGAACGCUCUCCACGCGGGAGGGGGGUGGGGCGAGGCUGGAAGGGGGCCGCCAGGAGCCGCGCCGUAAACCCCGCUGAUGACUCCUCCACCUCCCUCCUAUCCCCUCUCCUCUCUCCACCUUCCCUUAAAAAGGACGGAAACGGGUCUGGACGCAGCGGCUGUUUGGAGCGAGCGAGGGCGGCGCGGCGGGACGGAGACACGGACCAUGACUGACUCUCACACACAGCAGACACUUUGUCCUCGUUUCUCUGAGACAAGCUGCGACAGCGGAGCUCAUCGGAAAACCCUCCUCCUCUAAAGACUUGGGUUCUUUCCGCAUUUUUUUUUUUUGUUUUGUUUUCAUUUUCAAAGAAAAACAACCAGAUUUUGUACAAAAGAUAUAUAAAUAUAUAUAAAAGAGUUACAGAACUAAGGUGGUUGGCGUGUCCGGGAGAAAAACGGCCAGGCUGAGACCAGGACAAGUUUACCGCGCUGAGAUUGGGACUCCGUCACUGUUCGAAUCUCUUUCAUACCUAUCAAAGAUUAAUGAGAGACUUUCAGUUUCACCUUUGUAUAUUAUAAUGAAUAACAAAAAAGAAAAAAAAAAAUGAUGUUGACAUUUCUCUCGAGUCGUACACAAAUGUUCACAGGAAACGUUGAAUAUCACCUAAUAUUCCAGGAUGGAUUUCUUUUCCCUUUAAUCCUCGCUUCUUCUGUUCUGUUUUUUUUGUUUUUGUUCCGCUUUUUCCUCCAAGAGAAUGAAAAGAAAACUGAUUGUAUGAACUUGGCUGUAUGAUAUCGUCACAGGUCCUCUCAAGAAAUCAAAUUAAUGAAGAGUCAUUAUUGAGGUGUAUUUUAAGUGGCUUUGAGUUUGUGUAAAUAAGCUGUAUUCAUUUCUUUAAAACUAUGAAGAGUUUUAGGCCUCACCUUAUUUUUUUGUUUUUUUUUUGUUUUUUUUUUAUUGAAAUCCUGUGUUUUGUUCUAGUUUAUGUGGUUCAAGAAAAAAUACAUUUUUGAGCACAUUUUUACUGAAGGAAGUUCUUUCAUGUUUUAUGUCCUGCUAAAAGUGUUGGACGAGCCCUUCACCGAUCACUGGCUGUUCAGAAUGUGACCUUCGCACACACGUCCGACUCCCGCCCCUUUAAAUUCAAAGCUGUGUCUUUACUCUAUGAUAACUAGGCAUGGGCCGGUUUGCAUUUCUCUCAGUAAGAGUAAAUAAAUGCCUCACUUUCUGACUAUUUGAUUUCAGAAUAAGGAAAAUUGUAAUAAAAACACAAAUGAAGAAGAAAAUUGUCAUAUUUGCUUGAUUUUAAAUCCCACAGAAUGGAAACGAGUUUUUAACGAGAACAAACGACAUUCUUUAUUACAUAUCUGUAGUAUUUAUGAUUUUAAAACAUUUGUUUUUCUUAAAUUCAUAAUAAUAAUACAAGAAUGAGACCUUCACCAUCGAUAUCAGAGAUCCACCGGUACAGAUAUUUUUUUAAGGCCAAUGCUGAUACCAAUUAUUGUGACAUCAGCCUAAAUAAUCACUGAUAUGGGCUGCUGAUUCUUAUUUUGGUCUGAUUCUUUAACCUAAUGUUGAUUCUUCUUCCUCAAAAUGAUAAAAAUGACUUAAAAUUUGAAAUUAACAGAAGAAUAAAAACAGAACAACGGCUGCUUAAUGCAGGAAAUGAAUCGCCAGACGAAUGCAACCAUCAGCAGAUUCCGGUAUAAGUAAAAAACAAUGCUAAUAUCUGCUAAAAAUAUCGGCCAGUCGAUCCCUAAUCGAUGUAAAAGUUUAUUUUGGUUUCCAAGACGACGGUAAAACCCAAGUUAUUCACACACCUGAUUUAUAUUUCAAACUAUUUUCAUUCAGUCCAUUUUUAUAUAGAAAAAGAUCCAUAAUUUAAAAGGUAUUCGUAUAAAACCAGGAGAAAAGCAUUUGUGUUAAUAUAAAUUA